GGUCUUAAUCGGUCGACCCUUAUUGCUUAUCAUACACUUUCUCGUCCAUGCUGGGCACUAGUCAUCGGUUGGCUUAUCUUUUUGUGUAGUACCAAUCAAGGUGGAAUAGUUAAUACGAUUCUUUCAUGGCCAAUUUGGACUCCUCUAGCUCGUCUUAAUUAUUCGACGUAUCUUAUUCAUUUGAUGAUUAUUUUUAUAACUAUCUAUAAUCAGACAACACCUAUGUUCGUUCAACCACAUACAAUAGUUAACGCUUACAUUGCGAAUUUAUUCUUCAGCUAUGUUGCAGCUAUUGUCGUUGUAAUCUUUUUUGAAACUCCAUUUUUUGUUCUCGAAAAGAAAUUGUUCAAACGAUAAAUUGAUUUUGAUCAAUAAAAGCAUAUUAAUCCUUUUCUCGUUCUAUUGCUUCGUUAUUUCUUGUCAAAAUGAUAUAUCGUGCGAUCAAAUGAUACUUAUAACAUAGAUUUCAUUUCAGGUCAGAUGAAAUGCCAUAGUAUAUGAACACUAGUCAUCGUUCGAAUUCAAUUAUAGUCCACUGCCAUUACAAUAAAAUUAACCCUUUAAAGGACGAAUUUUGGAUGGCCAAGUUUCUUUUGGAAGUGAGAAUUAGUGAUAAUCUUCUUCAAACUUCCUGUUGAAGAAACAGAUAAAUACUCUUACUUGAACACGAAUAGCCAGAAAUUAAUUCCGUGCAUUGAGUAUCAUUGUUCUGGAUUUGGAUGUGGGUGGGGUGUGGGGUGUCGGUGUGGGUGUGUGGGUGUGGGGUGUCGGUGUGUAAGGUGUGGGUGUGUGAGUGUGAAAUGAAUACCAACAUCCACAUCCCCCCCCACCCCACCCCCACCUCCACCCACGCCCCACACCCACACCCACACCCACCCACAUCCACACCCACACCCACACCCACACCCACACCCACACCCUCUCUUUGUGAACUGCAAAUAGCUUAUGUUAAAGCUAAAUAUGAUUUAAUUGAAUUGAAACAACGUAUUCUAUAUAAUAAACCAAGUAAAAUUAUUUAUGAAAAAGCAUCAUCUACAUUAAAAACAUUGGUAUUUGAAGAAACAACUGAUGUUCGAAUUCAUCAACGACAAAUCGAUCAAGAAGAAAAACAAUUACAAAUAAAAAUGACUGAUUUAAUGGUUGAAGCUAUUCUAGAAGCAGAGAAAAAAGUUAUUCAAUGUCAUCAAAUACUCAAUCAUAAAAUUAAAAAUGUAUCUGAGAAUAAUGAUGAUACAAUGGGACGAUUAACAACACCAAUGAUGGAUCUUAUUUAUAGACGUUUUACAAUCAUCGAUAAGAAAUAUGAAUGUAAUUCAAAUUUUCAAACAAAUUAUUAUUUUCGAAAUCAUUUUGAUGAUUCACCUAAUACAGUUACUUUAAAAAAAUAUCGCUUUUCACCAACGAUGAUUAUGGCUACACAAUUACAUUUAUUUUCAAACGAACAAUUAACUUUAUUAAAUCGUGGUCCUACUUAUGUUCCACUGUAUCAAAAUUAUAUAUCAGCUAUUUCAAAUGGUUCGACUAUUGAUGAUUUCAUUAAUGAACAAUUUAAAGUUUUAAAACAUGAUUUAAGUAUUUUCUAUGCUAAACAAAAUAUCAAUAUGGCACAAUCAAUGUUCAUUAGUAAAGAAAUUAAAGAAGCUUAUUCAAAUGCUUUUACAUUAUCAUUACCUGAUUCUCUUUUUCAACGUGGAUUCUAUGAACAAAAAUUAGUAGAAUCUAUUCAAAAUCAUUUAAAACAAUAUGAUCUUAUAUUGAGACGUACAGCUAAUAAAAAGAAUGUCUUCUAUCUUGAUACUCGUUUAGAUUUUGAAGAAAAAAUUAAUACAUAUAUGGCAACAACAGAGAUGUUCGAAUUAUGUGAAGUCAUCGAUCAAUCAACUAAUUUAAAUGAUUAUUUAGAACGAAUGAUUAAUAACUUUAAUGAAAAUAUAGAACUUUAUUUGGAUGAUCGAAAAAAAUAUAAACAUAUAUUGGAUAAAAUCAUGGUACAUAUUGGACAAGUUGAAAUGCCUUAUUUAUAUUUCCUACCUGAUAUUUCUCAAGUAAGUUCAUUUCAUUUAACAAUUAAUCAUUUUCUCGUCUAUGUAUUUAUUUUUCUAUUUAAGAAACAAAAAAUAUCAGCAGUACCAAUUGUAACUUCAACACGCGCUAUUACUUCUCGAUAUUGGCAUCAUACUUAA